AUGUCCAAACAAAAAGAACCCAGGCACCCGGCCCUAGCCGACUUGGUGGGGCUUGCAGAGGUGGCCUGCGGCUUUUUGGUGCAGCCUGUGCUGCCCGACAGCUGCAAGCUCCUCUGGCACGCAAAGCUGGCGAGGAGUGGCUUUAUGCUCAAAGCGGCCCUAGGAAGCCUCUGCGCGGGUCCCUUGCGGAGGCUAGCUCGCGACCUGUCCGCCGACCCGCCCUCGAAGGGCGACGCUUCGGCCAGAAGGACCGAGGCCUCAGAGGACGAGGAUGGAAAUGCUGAGCCCUGCGCUUCUCGAAAGAGCCCGCAGCACCAGGAGGCACGCGAGGAGGAGGAGGUGGAGGAGGAAGAGGUGGGGGAGGAAGAGGAAGUGGAAGAGGAAGAGGAGGAAGAGGAAGGGGAAGAGGACAAGAGUGAAUCUGACAAGGCCGAGUCCCAGGAGGCCCAGGAGCUGUGCAUGACUGAGCAAAAGGAAGCAGCAAGCCUCGGACCAGAAAGUGCCGCAGGAUCUGCGGAGGAGUUGAACAACCUUAGCCAAGGCAUCAUGGAGCUUGUGGAAGAGCUACAGAUGGCUCAGGACGUCAAGGGACAGACGGCGAUCGCGGGACCGGAGCAUGAGAACUUCGCCCUCGCCAGUCCGUGCAAGAAUGAUCUGGAUGGGGAGGACGGAUAUCUAGACAUUUCGGACCGGAGCGGACCUCCAGGUUCGCGGCCAGCGAAGAUGCCCAUGCACUUUCGUGGCCAGUGCAAAGUGUCGCAGUGGUUUCGGCAGCGGCGACGGAAGCGCAUGCGAUUCCCGGAACCCAGAACGGCUGUGGAGCUCCCACAGAAAGAGACGAAGAAGGGAUCCGACGAGGUUGCCAGGGUACCCGAAGCCUCAAACUUCAUGGGAGCGACCCCUCGCGCUUCGGCCAUCCCGUGCUUGCGGCGGCCGAGGAGGGGCCAAGGUCGCCCCCCGGUGAAGGCCCCCGAGGUCUGCUCGGAGGUGGAACGAGGGGCAGAUCUGAGGGACAGUGCCGAAGAACUUGGGCUUUCCGGCCUUCUGGCGCUUUCUGCAGACGCCGCCCACACUGUCCCAAAGGCCUCUCCGAAACGGAGACGAAAGAAGCCGAAGCAACAGAGCUGGAUGUCCGUAUCUGCAGAGGCUUCAGAGGCUAUUUCGGGCCUGGCCGACUGGCUGCUCAGUCUUCAGAAUUCCAUAGAAAGGGACGUCAAAGUGAUGGAUGUUCCACAGCUUGCCGAUUUCUUUGGGCCGUCGACUGCACAGCCUCUGCGAACACUGCGUGGGAGAGGCUCCGAGAAGCACACCGGCAGCAAGUCGAGCAAGCAGAAGUCCCGGGCAUUUUGA